AGGGGCACGGUAACCUGCAAGAGGACUCACAUGGUCCUGCUGCAGCGGAGCACAGACCACCGGGACUCUCCGAACCUCCCAGCUCGCCUUCGUCCUUCUGUUUGAAAUAUUCCACUCCACUCCAUUUGAUUUAAAUAUUUUUCACAGCACUCCUCGCGCAGCCCAGUGUCGGUCGGACUUGGGCCGGUAAAGCAGCGCCAUGGCUCGGGAGAACGGAGACACCGGCAGAGGAGAGACGUGGAAAAAACAAGUCGACGACAUCAAGAAGAUUUUUGAUUUUAAAGAAGUCCUUGGCACAGGGGCAUUUUCCGAGGUGGUCUUGGCCCAGGAGAGGCUGACCGGCCGGAUGUUUGCGGUGAAGUGCAUCCCUAAAAAGGCUCUGAAGGGGAAGGAGAGCAGCAUCGAGAACGAGAUCGCCGUGCUGAGGAAGAUCAAGCAUGAGAACAUCGUGGCGCUGGAGGACAUCUACGAGAGUCCUGACCACCUCUACCUGAUUAUGCAGCUGGUGUCCGGCGGCGAGCUGUUCGACCGAAUCGUGGAAAAGGGUUUCUACACGGAGAAGGAUGCGAGCACGCUGAUCCGACAAGUCCUGGACGCUGUGAACUACCUGCACAAGAUGGGCAUCGUACACCGAGACCUGAAGCCAGAGAACUUGCUGUAUUUUAAUCCCCAAGACGAGUCAAAGAUCAUGAUCAGCGACUUUGGUCUUUCCAAGAUGGAGGGCAGUGGUGAUGUCAUGUCCACUGCCUGCGGCACGCCAGGAUACGUGGCUCCAGAGGUUCUUGCCCAGAAGCCAUACAGCAAGGCAGUGGACUGCUGGUCCAUUGGGGUGAUCGCCUACAUCCUGCUGUGUGGUUACCCUCCGUUCUACGAUGAAAACGACUCCAAGCUGUUCGAACAGAUCCUGAAAGCAGACUACGAGUUUGACGCGCCGUACUGGGACGACAUAUCGGACUCAGCCAAGGAUUUCAUUGGCAGUCUGAUGGAAAAAGAUCCAGCCAAGCGUUUUACCUGUGACCAGGCACUCAGACACCCCUGGAUCGCCGGGGAUACAGCACUCUGCAAGAACAUCCAUGAGUCAGUCAGCCGACAGAUCAGAAAGAACUUCGCCAAGAGCAAAUGGAGGCAAGCGUUCAAUGCCACCGCCGUGGUUCGACACAUGAGGCGGCUGCAGCUUGGCAGCAGCAUGGGGAGCAGUAUGGACGCUUCCAACCCGCCUACCAGGGCGAGCCAGACGCAGAAGCCUGCCCAGAGCCAGAGCCAGGCAGGGCACAACCAGCCAGCUCAGAGCCAAAACACCGGCCAGGCGGCGCAGAGCCAGAGCACCAACGCGGCUGCCAGCAAAAGCUCUUCCAUAGACAACAACAUAGCAGCUCCUCGCAAGGAAUGUGUAACUGGACCGGUCACACCCUGCAGUCUGGCGUCUGCAGUUUCUUCUCCCGCUGCAGGGGCCGAGCUGAACCGGCCACAUCCCUCAGCGGUUCCCUCCCCAGUGCUCACAGAGACCAAGUGACGCCAGGUCCCGCGGGGAACCAGCUGGGAGGCCACAGCGCUGUGAGGCAGUGAGACGGAGGACGACAGGAGAGGAAGAGGAUCCCCCUCUUCUUCUUUUCUCCCUCUCCUCACUGCAUUUCCACUUGGAUGCGCCCCCCCCCCCCAGCCAGUUCCCUGCCCUGCUCUUGGGAGAGCAGAGGACUUUACCGCCACCCCACCGAUUCAAGCCACACAGCGCCAUACUGUACGACCACCACCCACCCACCGGGACGCCGCGUAGGAUUCCUCCUGCCACAGCAACAGCACAGCCACUGACUCUCAUUGAGGAUGUUUGUACGGCUGGCUGUGGUUGGUUGCUGUUUAAUGAUAAAUGGGUGUCGACUGCUGUGAGCUUGAGCAGUAAUUGGUGGUUCACGGUGGGGCCAAUGGUAUCGUAUUAUUCAUUGUCAGUCAACAUCAACUUCCCUCUUGAAUCUGGUCUUUCCUGCGCCACUUUAUUUAGCUUUUUUCCAAAUUAGGUUUGACUGUUGGCAACUGGAUUGUUUUAUUUUUUAUUAUUACUGUUCAUUUUAAAGUUAGUAUGUGUAACUUUUAAAAAGCAAACAUCAUUGUCAAAUUGAUAUUGCUACUUUGGUAUAAUUACUCUAAAUAAAUAAGACCACGGUUAAGACCAUUGGUUGCCUCUACGUCGUGCAAAUUUACAGCUAUUAAUUGUGCAAGCGUUUCGCUACAUUAAGACCCCAUUUCCCAUAACCCCUUGUUUCUUCUUAUUUCCACCAUCACCAAAAUCUCUGAAUGCUUUGGCUUGGCUUGCUCUGGAAGAACAGCACCCUCUUCCUGUUACGUGCCAUAAAGCAAUCCAGCGGAUUUCCCUUCAAAAGCAGCGUAGAGGCUGAUAGGCCUUCUUAGUGAUGACCUGAUCUGUUUACAGUAAUUUUACUAAUGUAGCAAACUAAUGUGACAAUGAUUUAUUCAAGUUAAAACACUACAUAUAGCACCUUAAGACAUUUUAUAUGUCCUUAUGGGCUUGUUUGUCUGUUUGUGCUUUAAGAAGUGCUUUAAAAGUACCAUACGACUGUUGAGAUGUGGAAACAUGAGUGAGCGAUUUAUGUAUUUUGCACAAAGAGGGUCAGAUAUGUUCUCAGACACAGAUUAGCCACCAUCCACUUAAGUUUAUCAGAAAGUAGAGAUUGUAAACCUUUAUUAAAAAAACCCCGGAGUGGAUGUCAUUGUACAACUUAUUUAUUGUCUGAAAGAUUCUGAUUUGUUUAUUAUUUUCUUACUUUAUAAGGUUUUUAUAACAAUCACCCUUUAAGGGACACAUAUACAGGUUACUAUGAAACAUGCAGCAGGUUUAGGAUAGGAUAGGACAGAUAGAGGUAUUUACUGGAAAAUGGCCUCCAGUUGAGAAUAGAUGAUAGCUUGCUAUUUGACUUCCCAAACUAAGGAGCCACAAGCAGCGCAGUGCAGUUUCAAGGUUGCAAACCAUCUCUGAGAUAUUUAACUGCCUCCCACAUGGGUCCUCAGAGUAUUUGGCCUGUGUGGAGACAGAUUCCAAGAUGGAGAAGCUGUUGCUUGCCUGCCGCUGUUCCCUCCCCCUCUAAAGAAGCCAUGAUCUCACCUUUUCGCAUCGUCAAGCUGCACCCAGUUGAGAAGUGCUCAGGGAAAACUGCAGCUGCACUGUGAGCUGGCGAAUACCGAUUUCCUGAUUUAGGUUUUUCUGUCCAGGCGUUGUGGCAUCACAGUUGAUGAUUCAGGGCUUAUGACGUUAGCUGUGUCCUUAUUGCAUUGUUGUAGUGACUUGAAUAUUGAAGACUCAGACUUGGGCUUAGACUAUUUCACCAAGAACUCGAUCAUCUUACGCAGCAUGCACAACUUGUUCUGCUGUUUUGGCUAUUCUGUUUUGUUGACACAAUCCCUAACCCUGGAACAGAGCAGUGGGGCUCUAUGGUUCACGGAUUUGGAUGGAACCGCCAAAACAACAUGGAGGAUAGGUUAGUCCUUGCUGUACCCGGUGAUCCCUGCCUUUAUGACCCAACAGCAGACAGGUACUGCGUCCAAAAUUGGAAGCUUGGUUUGCGUAGCUUGGUACUCACAAUUAGUGGAAUGAUCCAAAAAAGGUGAAUGUCAAGUAUAUAUUUGAUUAUAAGCAGCAAAGCCAAAAAUAUUUUGUUAAACAGCAAGGCUCCCAUUGCCCACUACGUUCUUCCAGUUGUACUGAGGGUUCGGUUUUAACAGCUAAUUUUUGGUCAGUUUUCAUUUCAAAACAGAUGGAAUGACUGAAGUCCACAGCUUGGAGCCCCUUUUCUACUCAUAAUCUAAGUUUAAUAUGACAGACUGACUUUGUUUUAAUUUGUUCUUGAUGGAACUCAGACUUCACUCAAAUGUCACUUUAUCAUGACUCUGACAUGACUACAGUAGCUUAGAUUGUGUCACUGGUUAUAAUGGAUUUUUAGACAUAACUCAGAGAGUAGAACUGUACAAUGUUGGGUGCUCAUUCACACAUAUCAGAUUGUCAUGUCUAUAUCAGAUGCAAUUCUACGGAUCCCUUUAUUGUGAAUUGUAGCCAAAGACCAGUGCUAGGUACAAAGACCAUUUGGUUCAUU